AUGGCUUCCCCGGUGGAAGUAUUCUGGGAACUUUUUUGGAAGAUCCUCGUCCCAACAGCUGCCUUGGGACUUCUCGCGGUCUCGAUCAUUGUGGCCUCGCUGUUCAUUUCCCAAAAUGCCACGCUCUCCAAAGUCGACCGCCGCGGUGCCCCGAUACACAUCUUGAUCGUCCUGGGCAGCGGGGGCCACACUGCAGAGAUGCUAUAUAUGCUUAACAAAGCAGCCUUUGACCCCAGUGUCUGGACCUACCGAACCUAUGUUACGACAUCUGGCGAUAACUUCAGUGCCAAUAAGGCAGCCGAAUUUGAGGCCAAACUCGGGGGGAGAGCAGCACGAUAG